CUUUCGGAGAGGAGAGGGUCUGACCUGCGCACGCAUCGCCGACACACUCGCGCCUGCUCUCACGCGCUGGUGUGCUCUACCUUUUUGGAGCAGCUCGAGACCUCUAAAAAAAGCAACAUGAGCAGCUCGGUGACAUCCGAAGAAGCGACGCAGAAGUCGGUCUUCGUUUAGAGCUUUCCUCCUCCUCCUCAUCAUCAUCAUCAUCAUCAGUCACCCGCUACAGACUUUGCUGCGGCCGCUCCGCGCGCACUGCGGCGCUUUGAAAACUUCGGAACAACAGGGCGCGCGGCCACUCCUCCUCUGGUCCGCUGUGGCAGGAAUGAUGCUCGCGCUCACCUUCACCUGUCGCGCGCUGCUCGUCUUCCUGCUGUCCGACCCGGUCCGGACCGACAGAACAGCGCCUUUCCUGAUCACACAGAACAUGUGGCCUCGCGGCUGUGUCCUGGACUGCCAGAGGGGGCGUCACAGAUCCGUGUGUGGCAGCAACGGCAGGUUGUAUAAAUCUCUGUGCGCCUUCCAGAGGGCCCAGUGCAUCAACACGCAGCUCCGCGUCGCCCCACAAGCACACUGCUCAGAUCCGAGUCUGUCCAAAUGCCAGCUGGCCCGCGCUCAGGCCCUGGAGGCCAGUGCCCACAACAGUCACGUUAGCCCAGGAGCUGCCAUCUUUGUGCCUGAGUGCAGUCCGGACGGUCACUUCCUGCCAGUGCAGUGCCACAGCCAGACCGGAUACUGCUGGUGCUCCAUGCCAGAUGGCAAACCUGUCAGCGGGACCUCGGUCCUCCAUCUCACCCCCAACUGCACUGAUCACGUCGCCAUGUUGGCUCAGACCAUUGAUGCAGAUACAGCUUCAAUCAAAGAUGAUGUUGGUGAACCUGGGCCUACAAUGGAUCCCAGAAAACAUGCAGAGCUGACUGCUCCUCCGAUCUGGGUGAACAUCCUGAUGAACUCUGACCCCAAAGGCAAGCGCUCCGUCAGACGACCCACUGACAGUGCUCAGACGUGUGAUCGUGAGCGAGCGUCGAGGCUCUCUCAGAAGACUUCAUCCUGGCAGGAUGAGCGUUUCAUCCCAGAAUGCAGUGCAGACGGCCGCUAUAACCCCGUGCAGUGUUACGCUGAUACAGGUUACUGUUGGUGUGUCAGGGUGGACAGCGGCAGGCCGGUACCAGGCACCUCUGCAAGGAAUCACAUCCCAGAGUGCCAUGGGGCCAAGGAGGCACCAACACACAGGAGGUACGGGGAAAAACCUCUGCCUGGGUGUCCCGGAGCUCGUAAGAAGCAGUUCCUACAGAGUCUGGUUAGAGCUCUGCAGCUGGAAGCAGAGCAUGCUGGAAGUUUGAGUCCCUACCAAGCAUCAAACACCCCUCCCUCCAGCUCUCCCUCUUCAUCUUUGAACGCUCCAACCUCCGCCACCCCUUCCUCCUCCACUCUGGACGUGUCUUCAACUGCUGCUCUGCAGGCUGUAGAGGCCUCCGGGCCAGAGGUUGUGCUAGGGUGGCACUUCAGUCAGCUGGACAUGGACUCCAGUGGGGUGCUGAGCAAACACGAAGCUCGACCUCUGCGGCAGUUCCUGCGACAGAGGCUGAAGCCGCGACGGUGCGCCAAGAAGUUUGCUCAGUACUGUGACAGGGACAGAGACCGAGGCCUGACGCUGGACGAGCUGAUGGUCUGCCUGGGCCUCUGAGACAGGGAGCAACCAGACAUAUCACCCGCUGCCAAAGGCCCACUCCUCUGCUACCACUUCACUGUCACCUUUCAAGGUUGUAUUUAUUCAUCCAUUAAAUGAAAAUGAACAUGGAAGGACUCCAGCUGCCUCUGGCUGUAUUAGUGUCCCCGUACUGUAUCUAUGAUAUAACCCUUAUAGUCACUCCAAGUCGACUGUCAACUUCAAAAUAAGGAACUUAGGGUGAAGAGUGGAAUUGGGCCUCACUCUUGGUGACUUCUCCUUCCCAAACAUCCUCACCUCCUUCCCUAAAUCCUUGCUUCUUUCUCUUCAUCCCUCUCUGCUUUGUAUAUACUUUGCUUAUUUUAUAUACAUAUUGCCAAGAUAUUGAUGUAACAUAUUUUGAUACACAUUUUGAUCAAUGGUAAAUUCAUGAUUUUUUAUCCAACCUUUGUACAACAUAUCAGUCUGCAGCACUUUCCUUGACACUACAUUGUUUUCUGAUUGAUUGAUUGAUUGAUUGAUUGAUUGAUUGAUUGAUUGAUUGAUAAAAGUCAUUUCCAGCUUUUGAUUACCUGAUUGUUUGUAAAUGUUCUUUCAAUAAAUGGA